AUGGAUGAUCGGUUUUGGGAAUUAAAGAACCCAUAUAAAAGAGUAGCAGAGAAACUACCUGGGGCUAAUAUAUUUAGUAAUGAACCCAAAUUAAAACUAAAGAGAAUUAAGAAAAUUCAUAUACAUGGACUUGAUAAUGGGAGAGAUUUCAUGGAUUUAAUUGGAAGAGCUAAGGAUAAGGUGAUGGUGGAAAGUAAGGAGAAUAGUCCUGUUGAAGGAAAUAAUGAAAUGAACAAGAGAGAGGAGAAACGUAUGAAUUUACUUGAUAUUGAAUCAUUACUUAAUUCUCAGAGUAGUCAAGGUUCAAUUGAGAUGAAAACAGUGGUAAGGGAAGAUGAGAAAAAGGAAGAAGGAUUUUUAAAUGAAGGAGAAGGAUUUGAGAGACAUAUAAUUGGUCAGAAAGAAAAUUUGGAAUCGGUAGAUGAUUUGGAAAAGGUAGAAGACCCGGAACCGGUAGAGGUGAUAGAAGAUUCUAAGAAGAAUGAUGUAGAACAAUAUUCAGAGAAUUAUUUAGAGGAACAAGAUAAAUCAGAGGAAUCUAAAGAACUAAAAGCUCAAAUUUCAGAGGAACUGCUUUUAAAAGAACAAUCAGAUCAUCCAGAUCAAAAUCAGCCAGAUCCAAAUCAUCCAGAUCAUGUAGAAAUACCUUCAAAUGAACAUGGAGUAUAUAUGGUGAAAGGACUAAACCAUGAAGAUUCCAGGGAUAAUCUCCAGGAAAUGGAAUUAAUACAAUUAAAAGAACCAGAUAUUAUACAAGAUACAAUCUUGCAACAAAAUCCUAUAAUAUCAAAAGAAACAUUACAAUGUAAUGAUCAGAUAGAAUCACAAGGUAAUUCACAAAAUUGGAAUACAUUCAUAGAGCCGCAAGAGGAUAUAUCAGAUCAUAUUUCACCUCAUAUAAAUACUCAAGAUCAUAUAUCACCUCAUAUAGAGAUAUCUAAACGAGAAAAAAGUCCAGAAUAUGUUGAGGAUAGUGAAGAUGAACCAGAUUUGCUACCAACUAACUUACAAAAUAUGAAGGUAGUUCAUAGUAAGUCUUUCCAAUUUGAAGUGGAAAAUAAUGAUGUAAUUGGGAGUCGAAAGAAUUUACAAGAUAAAGUGAAUGAACUAGAGAUUGUUGAAGUUGAGGAACCGGAAGAAGUAGAUAAUGAACAGGAUCAUAAAGUUCAAGAGAAAAAUGAAGUACUUCGAGAGGAUUUGAAUCAAAAAGGGGAUAAAGUUUUCCAAGACGAUCAAAUUCUUCAGAAAGAUCAACUUGAUCAAGAAUCUCAACUUACACAACGAAGUCAAGACACAGAAAAACAAAUAAUCCCCAAAUCCAAUAGCAUAAGUACCAAUGAGAUUAACUCUAUUCCCACAGUAUCUGAUAUUGACGUUCCAAAAAACUCAAACACUUCUGAAACACAAAAUACCACCAGAGAAUCUCACACAUCAACUUCCCCGCAAGGACCUCAAACAUCCAUUUCAACCUCUAAAAUCACCACCAAUGUCCGCAAAAAACCAUUUCCCAAAAGAUUAAAUGGUUCAUUAGCAUCAAUCUGCUCGAAAACAAACACUAGUAGAUCUUCAUACAGAGUUGGACUUUCCAGAAGAACAAAAAUAGACUCUCUACACACAUAUUUGCAUAAACCUAAAUAG